AUGUCUUGGCUCUAUUGGUCCGCGUAUAAACGCCUCGAAGACUACAUAAAGUUGCUCUCAUUAAUCGCUGUCAUGUAUAUUCGUCUCUCUUCUUCAUUCCGUCUAAGUGGAGCUUUCGCACAACCAUCGCGGCUUUACCUCAAACCAUCCCUCAACAAAUUCUCUCUUCGAGCUUUUGCAACAGUAAUGUCUAAGUAUCAAAUCACAAACCACGUCGGCGGUGCCCUCAUCGACGCUGUCGCUGACGACCACCAAGAGAUGUACACCUAUUACGACCAAUAUGUUAAGAGCACCGGCGAUGUGGAUGCUCAGGAACGUUGGGCCAAUCAGUUCACUUGGGAAGUCGCUCGUCAUGCAGUUGGAGAGGAAUUAGUCAUCUAUCCUCUCAUGGAAAAACAUCUCGGUGAAAAGGGAAAGCAACUGGCAGACAAUGACAGAUCUGACCACCAGGAAGUCAAGAACCUAUUAUACCAACUCGAAUCGCUCAAACCAGGAACAUCCCAACAUGCGGACCUUCUCAAAAACAUCGUUGAUCACCUGAAGCCACACAAUGAUAGCGAGGAGCAAGAAGACCUUCCUCUUUUGCAGAAAGCCAUCGGCGAACAAGGCUCACAGGAUGCGGCCGCUAGUUUCAAGCGGACCAAGAAGUUUGUCCCUACUCGAUCCCACCCAAGUGCCCCUGAUCAGCCACCAUUUGAGACAUUGGCUGGUCUCAUGGCCGCUCCGAUUGACAAGCUGAAGGACAUGUUCACCAAAUUCCCUACAGAGGAACAGAAAGCGUCAGUCAAGAACUGA